AUGUGUAUGUGUGCUAGAUAUCAAGCAUCACCUAAGGAUUCCAACUUUAAGAUCGUUAAAUGUAUUUUGAGGUAUCUUAACGGAACCUCCAAUCACGGUCUUUGGUAUCCUAAGAAAAGUGCUUGUAGCUUAGUAGGAUAUUAUGAUUCCGAUUUUAUGGGUUACAAGUUGGAUAGGAAUAGUACUAGUGGUACUUGCCACUUAUAUGGAAGUUGUUUAGUUUCUUGUCAUAGUAAGAAACAACAUAGUGUUUCUCUUUCUACCGCCAAGGCUGAAUAUGUAGCCGCCGGUAGUUGUUGUGCACAAGUCUUAUGGCUUAAGAAACAACUAUUGGACUAUAAUUUAAAACUUGGUUGUGUUUCAAUUAAGUGCGGUAGUACUAGUGUUAUAAGUCUUACUAAGAAUCUAGUACUACACUCACGAACUAAACACAUUGAGAUCCGGCAUUAUUUCCUAAGAGAUCAUGUGGAGAAAGGAGACGCUAUUUUUGAGUAUGUUGACACCAAAAGUCAGCUUGCUGGCAUUUUUACAAAAUUGUUGUCAUCAGAAUCCUUCCAAACAAAUCUGUAG